AUGGAGAUGGACGACGACCCAGAUCCGGAGAUGCAGACCGGUACACCGGGCCACCCAAUAAGCAUAUCAAGUGGAUCUCCAUUUCAGGGAUCACCAUACCGUGGGCCCGAUUCAUUCCAGAAGAGGAUGGCCACCUUGGAUUGGUACUUUACUCCUUCGUACCAUAGCUCUCCAGCUCAACCACCUUUGGUUGAACCCCAGCUCCAGCCAGUUUCACCACCACAACUUCCUGUUGAGGAGCCGCCUCAGCAACCACCGCAGCCACCUCCCGAGCCUCCGAGGCGAAGGAGGAACGUACGUAUAUCCGUGCAAGGAGGACCUCGUUUCAGUUCUCCUCAGGGUUCGAGUUCUUAUCCUCCUAUUCCAGAAGACCUCCAAAUGGGUGGGCCCUCGAAUGCGGCACCGGAGAUUGAUCCUCCGCCAGCUUCUUAUGCGCCACCUCAGUCGCCAAUGGGUUUCGACAACCCAAUUCCGACUUACCCAGAAAUGGCUGGCUCGGAUGAAGCAAACAGUCAUCCUGCAGACGGGAACAACACCAGGAUUAAUAUCACUGGUGCCGAACUGCAAGCAUUGAUCACCACAGCAGUUUCUCAGGCGGUAGAUGCUAAGUUUAAAGAGCCGAGUGUGGAUUUUAUUACAUUCCACUCUGUAUAUUCUUAA